GCACGUGUGGAGAUAGUAAUGGCGGACGAUACGGACGAAUCGGCAGGUAACGUGGAAGAACAAAAGCCGCAGAAAAAGGCGGCUAAACACGACAGCGGAGCAGCAGAUUUAGAGAAAGUAACAGAUUAUGCGGAGGAAAAAGAAAUAAGUUCUCAGGACAUCGCUGGAGCGAUGUCCCUGAUAGGUGACAAACAUUCAAAGGAAACUGCGGAAAAGGCGGCGAGACAAAAGGAAUUGGCUAAAGUGAUGAUAAAAAAGGAAGACUUGGAAUUAAUUAUGAGAGAAAUGGAAAUACCUCGUUCUGUAGCGGAGUUAAAGCUAAGGGAACAUCACGGAAAUGUCGUGGAGGCUCUUAUCGAGCUAACCAAUUGAAAAUGUUGUCUUUUUUAAUUUGUUAUUUAUCAAAUAAAAGAGUUGUGUUUCUUUUCUCUUA